AUGAAGCCUCAAGACGUCGCUAUAUUGCUCAAUAUACCCCGGGUGAGCGUUUACCAAAUCGUACAACGCGCCAAAGAGCAUGGAUAUGAUCCUACAGUCAAUCCUCGAAUUGAGCAUGAGCACGUCGCUAAGAAUACGCAUAGUGGCCGCCCAAAAGUGGUUACUGAAGCUAUCGAGGCCUCAAUUAUUGCAAGUAUUACUAAGGAUAGGGCUGGUCGUGAGAAGUCUGCUGAAUAUCUCGCUUAUGAAGCCGGUAUUUCUGAAUCAUCUGUUCUGCGUCUUUUGAAAUUGAAUUCUUUUAAUAAAUGCAAGCCAACUGUGAAACCUGGUCUGACAGAUAAAAUGAAGCAGGCAAGGCUCGCAUUUGCUCUUGAGCAUCAACACUGGACUCUUGAAGACUUUAAGAAUAUUAUAUGGACGGAUGAGACCUCUGUUGUCCUAGGCCACUGGAGAGGCUCUAAUAGUGUAUGGCGCAGGUCUUUUGAAUGCUACGAUUCUACUGUUAUCCGCCGUCGCUUCAAGAAAGCGUGUGAAUUCAUGUUUUGGGGUUGCUUUUCAUAUGAUGCUAAAGGUCCCUAUCAUAUAUAUCAAAAAGAGAAUACGGCAGCUAAGAAAAAAGCUGAGAAAGAGUUGCAAAUUAUAAAUCGAGACCGUGAGCAAGCAGCUCGAGAAGAAUGGGAGUUAAAUAAUACUUUUUCAAGGCUUCAAUUACGUCCUCGUCGCGGUAGAAAGCCAAAUUUUAAGUUCACUACGAAGAAUGGAAAGCUCGUACGAAAAGGCACAGAUGGCAUUGAUUGGAAAUUCUUGUGCCAAAGCUGCUUCCUUUUGCACAGGAAUCACCUACUUUGGCCUGGUAAUUCCCCUGAUUUGAAUGCUAUUGAGCCGACGUGGUUUUGGCUCAAGAAACGUACAACUCUCCAAGGAGCCCCUGGUGACAGGAAGACAGCAGUUGAAGCAUGGGAAAAAGCAUGGGAAAGGCUACCCCAGCAUCGUAUCCAGGCUUGGAUUGAGAGGAUCCCAUUUCAUAUACAAGAAAUUAUCCGUCUAGAGGGUGGAAAUGAGUAUCCGGAGGGCCGGCCCCAGGAUGACGUACGCUCACGUUGCCGGCGUAAAGGCGUGCUCUCGUUCCGGGCAUAUCUAGAGGAUGAGUGGGAGGACUUGGAAUAG